GACGCCUAGGAGCGGAAAACAAACACAGCCCGUCAGGGACAGGGUACACCCCAGCCCCCCCUCCAUAAACCACACUCACAACACGCACGCCCGAGUCAGGAACGUGGCUCAUAGCAGCGUGACCCCACAGAAAGCAGGUAAGGUGCAAAAGCUGCCUGCCCACAGAAAAUAGCCUGCUUCCUAACAGCGUUACCGACGAGACAGAGCGGGCCAGACAGGGAGCCUCAAUUACCCUCUUGCUGCUCACGCCGAGGCUGGAUGGGGAAGCACGGCUCGCCUCGCUGCAGCUGGUUGAUUUGGAUGACAAGCUUGCUCUGCAAGUGCAACGCUGGUGCACAAAGUGCAGCGUGCACCUCAGCCGUUAGAAAGGCUAAUGCCUUAAAAAAUAUCAAACUUUCCUGAGGCGUAGUCAUGGAAGUGGCUGCAGAAAAAAAAAAACCCAGCAGGUACGUUCCCAAACCUGACACGAGACUGUUUCAGCUCUCAAAAGCUCUUGGAGCCUUUCUGCUGUGUGUGGUAGCAGCUGUCACGUCAGCUACACGGUGAUUGCAGACUCUACCUAAUAAAUGUAGGCAGCAGAUGACAGCUGCUACCGCAGAGCAAAGUGGUGGUUUUGGCACUCUGCUUUCAAAAAGCGUUUAACAUUAGUAGGUGGCCUUACUAUUUUGGAUGUAUUCGAAGCACUGCAGUGCUUGGAAACAUCCAUCUCAUUUGCUUGACAGUUCAGGUAGAAAUAAAAGCAUUUUGACAGAAGGUGAAUGGAAAAAAAAAGUCUCACAUUCAUUUUUCUAGGAACUAGAUUUAGUGGUGAUUUAAGGACAUCUUAAAUAGAAAAUAGAAGGGAUGAAGAGGCAAUAGGAUCGCUAAAUAAGAUUCUGCGUGAAAAUGGGGCAAGUGCAAAUUUCUUGUCACGUGCCGGCAGAGCGGCUCCUCCAGCUGCAGUGUCUAGCUGCGAGGCCAAAACAGAAGCCCACAAUAGAUGAGAAGCUUAGACUGGGAAGUGAAGGGACUAUAAUGCCAUAAAUGGUAUCUGCAUGAAUGAAAUAACCUUUCAGUACCGCGCAGCACAGGCUUUCACAGCGUCCGAGAAAGCACCAGACUGUAUCAGCCUUCAGUGGCAGAACUAGGCUCCUUCAAAGUUCCUGUCCACAAACCACAGAUACCUACUGUCAUUUGCCUGGCUGAACGAACUAGCCUACAUGAGACUCAUGCAGAUGAAUCACCCGUACAAACCUGAAUUACUACCUCACACUCUGGAUUUAAAUUUAAAACAGACAAGAGAUUAUUUCCGGCCUCAUCUGGGAGCCCUGCUGAUACACCAAGCCAUCGGACGCGGCAGAAGGGAGAGCACCAGGAGAAGCAGCAGUCUGAUUCAAGAUGGGCUGCAAGUCAAUAUGCACAUUGACACCGCUCAAGCAAUCCGGGCGCCUCUAAGGGAGCUUGCUUUCUCCUCAGGCAGAGUGUGGGCCGAUGCUUUGCCACUCUACACACCUACUUCCUGCAAUCCUGGCAAUUACCAAUAGUGUAAAACCCAGUUUCUGACGUGGCUGACUCAGCAAGGGCUUGGCUCAAAACAAAUACAUACGCACAAGGAACUGCAGCCUGGGAAGCAGUGACAGGAGGCACAUGAAGAGAAGGAGGCAUUGUGGAUUUUUAGCAUUCCAGGUCCAACCUGGCUGAGUCGUCCCUGGACUUGCUUCUUCCACCCUCCCAGCAUACCGGUGAAUGUGGCGGUCACGGUUCUCCAAGUGCUUCAGCGGUUUCUCCUCUCCGCCUCCUGGACUCAGGUGCUGCUCCGACACAGCCUACGGGAACAGGGAAGGAAGAGGUUGUUCCUGUUGUGUGGCUUGCUGCUGAUCCUGCAACUUAAGUCCAACACCCAACCGUGAAGAGUCAGCAGUUCCUUCCUUCUCGUUGCCUUUCAUCAGCAUGGAUACUUGGCGGAGAGGGUCCCUUAAGUCCACAACGUUCUUCAGACGGUUCUCCCUCAGGAGGCACAAAAAGCUGGGCAACCAAGUCAUCAUCUUGAAUCAGAACAGCCACACUCUGGACAGCGAUGGACAGUGCCAGAAGAGGGAAUGCUUGAGGGAUCUGAAGGACAAGUCUGAUUACCUGUCAUGUCAGAGCGAGCAAAACCUAGCCAAGGCACAAGCACCUCCCAAGCCUCCCCGGCUGUACCUGGACAGUUCUAGCUGCCCUAACAUCAUUGAUCACACAGAUUCUCACUCUGACAUCUCCUUUUCUGGUGCUACUCAUCAAUACCACAAAGCCACUCAAACUCAGUUCCACAAGGACCAGGCUACAGACUGCGGGACCUCAGAAUUCCCAGGUCCCCAGAAUGGCACCACUCUUUCUGACCUGCCUGAUCCCUUCCUGUCCUUCAAAGUGGAUUUGGGGCUGUCACUUCUCGAGGAUGUUCUGCAGACCCUCAGGAAACAGAAUCCAAGAGAUUACACCAUCUGAAGGUAUUUAUCAUUUAACAUACCACAUUUACUUACUGCUGCUGCCAGUUUCUCUAGUCCUAGCGGGAUGAAGGUUACUGCAGCACUCCUGUUGUGCGUGGCCUGUUUUGUUGUUCUCGCCUUACCCACCACAGACUGUCCUUGUCCUUGCCAAGCAGUCCUUUGGAGCAGAGCUCACAGGCUCCGUGCUCAGAUGAGAGCACUGUCUGCCGCAACCUCGUGGGCAAGUUUCCAUUCUCCACGCUGGGGAUUCCCCACUCUUGACUGAGCAUCUCCUCCUCAUGGAAGAACGGCAUUGUUUGGCAAAAGACUUGUUAUUUUGGGGAUGUGGCUGUGACACUGCGGAACACGGACAGAAGGGGAUAUGGCAUACAUCACUUGUGGAUAAGCAGGCAGCUUGCUAGGAGGCAGUAGCGUUGCAUCUCAAAGCCAUAGUUACGGCAAGGGUCAAGAGACAGACACUGGUGUUUCUUCUCCCACCACGUUCAGAUGUGAGAAAUCAAAGCUGUUCCUCCUUUUUUUUUUCCUGUGGGUGUCUUUUCCCCUAACUCAAGUGCAGUUGGCACUCCCAGCCUGGAAACAGGUAAGCAUCCAUGUAGGCUCGUAAUACAGCAACAGCAGUUUAUUUGUCAUACUAGCAGGAGAAGAAAUGUCUCUAGAUACUGCUACCUGAAGCAUGCGCUGAUAUAUCAGCUGUACAGAUAUGGAAGAA